AUGGCCAGUGCCUGGGUCCUGGCACAGUUCUGGGCCCCCUGGCAGCCCCUGGACCCCCAAAAUCCAGGGGUGAGGGCAAAGCACCCCAGGACAGAUGGCUGCGGCAGGAAGGUGCGAGGAGACUUCACGGGAGUGAAAUCCAAGCUUCUGGCAGAGAGGAGGGAUCACAGUGGAUCAGGGGCGGCGCUGGUCCCUGUCAGCCCGGACCCUCUUGCUGCAGAUGAUCUGGUGGACAAGAUGGUCGGUGGAGCUGCAGAGUUCGGGCACGGCACAGGUUUGGCCGGUGGAGCUGAGGAUUUUGGGCAUGCCAAGGGUUCAGAUGGUGGAGCCGAGGAGCUGGGACAUGCCACUGCACUCAACCUGCUGCCAGCCACGGAGGACGGUGCCAAACCAGCAGCAGAGGAGACAACGUUGCUCAUGCAGAGCCAUGUCCUGCCAACAGCCACCACGGCCCCCAGCACUGAUGCAAAAAAACCUGUCCCUGUUAAGAAAAAGCCACCAACUCCAAAGCAAAUAAAUAUGGGAAGAAAGCACCCAAGGCUCAAGCCCACCCUGGCAGGGCCCCCUGGGACUGCCUCCCCAGCCAGCCCACUGCGCUCCCGGCUCCCCACCACUGCCCAAGAUCCACGAGCGCCAGCAGAGGACAUGGACCAGGGGCCCCCGGAGCUGCCCUGGGGGGACCAGGCCACCACCAGCUGCCCCACGCUGCAGAUCUCCCCAUCCACCCUACCCCCAGCCCUGCCUCGGCCCUUCCCUGACAGCACAGGUGAUGCUGAGGAGGUUCCGACCGCGGCUCCCAGCGGUGACACCGUUAUCCCGAUGAACAGCGCGGAGAGAGACGCGCACAGCUCCUCAUCAGAGGAGAGCCAAGAAACCACCACAUCCACCAUCAUUACCACCACUGUCACCACCACGGAGCCCACCCCAGUCCUGUGCAGCAUGAGCUUCCACGACCCCGAGGGCUACAUUGACUCCACAGACUACCCCCCACUGCCCCUGCACGGGUACCUGCAGUGCACCUACAACGUCACUGUCUACACAGGCUACGGCGUCGAGCUCCAGGUCAAGAGUGUGAACCUCUCUGACGGGGAGGUGCUCUCCAUUCGCGGUGUGGAUGGCGAUGCCCUCGUGGUCCUGGCCAACCAGACCCUGCUGGUGGAGGGCCAGGUGAUCCGCAGCCCCACCAACACCAUCUCCGUCUACUUCCGCACCUUCCAGGACGAGGUGGUGGGGACCUUCCAGCUCCACUAUCAGGUGUUUAUGCUGAGCUGCAACUUCCCACGGAGACCUGACUUUGGAGACGUCACUGUGAUGGAUUUGCACUCGGGUGGAAUUGCUCACUUUCACUGUCACCUGGGCUACGAGCUGCAGGGUCCCCGGGUGCUGACGUGCAUCAACGCGUCCCGGCCGCACUGGAGCAGCCCCGAGCCCAUCUGCUCAGCUCCCUGCGGAGGGAAGGUCCACAAUGCCACCAUCGGCCGUGUCCUGUCACCCAGCUACACUGGGAACCAGUCCAGCAGCAUGUACUGCGUGUGGGCCAUCGGGGCACCCCCGGGACAGAAGCUGCACCUGCACUUUGAGAAGCUCCUGCUGACAGAGAAGGACAGGAUGGUGGUGUACAGCGGGGACACCAACCAGUCUGCUGUGCUCUACGACUCGCUGCGUGCGGAGAGCGUGCCCUUCGAGGGGGUGAUCAGCGACGGCUCCUCCAUCAGGAUCGACUUCCUCGCGGAGGAGCCCGCGGCCGCCACGGCUUUCAACAUCCGCUUUGAAGCCUUCGAGCGGGGCCAUUGCUAUGAGCCCUACAUCCAGAACGGGAACUUCACCACCUCCGACCCCACCUACAACCUGGGCACCACUGUGGAGUUCACCUGUGACCCCGGGCACUCCCUGGAGCAGGGCCCCGCUGUCAUCGAGUGUGUCAACAUGCGGGACCCGUACUGGAACGACACGGAGCCGCUGUGCCGAGCCACGUGUGGGGGGGAGCUGACCGCUGUGGCUGGGGUGAUCCUGUCCCCCAACUGGCCGGAGCCCUAUGCAGAAGGGGAGGACUGCAUCUGGAGGAUCCAUGUGGGUGAGGAGAAGCGACUCUUCCUGGACAUCCAGCUCACAGAGGUGUCUCGCAACGACUCCUGCUCUGACCUGCCCGAGAUCCAGAAUGGCUGGAAAACCACGUCACACACAGAGCUGGUGAGAGGGGCCAAGAUCACCUACCAGUGUGACCCAGGCUACGACAUCGUGGGGAGCGACACCCUCACCUGCCAGUGGGACCUCAGCUGGAGCAGCGACCCCCCCUUCUGUGAAAAGAUUAUGUACUGCACAGACCCAGGGGAGGUGGAGCACUCGACCCGCCUCAUCUCUGACCCAGUGCUGCUGGUGGGCACCACCAUCCAGUACACCUGUAACCCUGGCUUCGUGCUGGAGGGCAGCUCCCUGCUCACCUGCUACAGCCGCGAGACUGGGACACCCAUCUGGACCUCACGGCUCCCGCACUGUGUCUCUGAGGAGUCACUGGCCUGUGAUAAUCCAGGACUGCCAGAAAAUGGGUACCAAAUUCUUUAUAAGCGCCUCUACCUGCCAGGAGAGUCCCUGACCUUCAUGUGCUAUGAGGGCUUUGAACUCAUGGGGGAGGUAACCAUCAAAUGCAUCCUGGGCCAGCCAUCCCACUGGAGCGGACCCCUGCCCAUCUGCAAAGUGAACCAAGACAGCUUUGAACACGCUCUGGAAGUAGCAGAAGCUGCUGCAGAGACAUCGCUUGAGGGUGGAAAUAUGGCCUUGGCUAUAUUCAUCCCAGUGCUGAUCAUCUCCCUGCUGCUGGGAGGAGCGUACAUCUAUCUCACAAGGUGUCGGUACUACUCCAGCCUCCGCCUGCCACUCAUGUACUCCCACCCCUACAGCCAGAUCACAGUAGAAACAGAGUUCGACAACCCGAUUUAUGAGACAGGGGAAACACGAGAAUACGAGGUUUCGAUAUAAGGACAGCGGUAAGAGAGUCUCCGGCUGUGAACUUAAUGUGCUCUCAUAGAACUUCCUCAGUAACUAAUCCAGAGGCCACGUGGAGUUUGGUUGGACCCCCGGACCUGCUGUUGUCUUUCCUUUUGCCUCUUUAUUGAAGAUUUUACUGUUUUCUUCACUGUAUUUAUUCUAUUUAAACUGCGAUAGGUGUGCUGCCAAGCCCUGGGCACAGGCAGCAGCGGGAGCCGGGGCAGAGCUGGGUCCUGGUGAGGCCUGGGGGGCACGGGGGCACCUGCUGUGUCCCCCUCCAUGGCAGUGUGUCCCCUGGUACUGCCCACACAUGCAGAGGGAUUUUUGCGGUUCUGGUGUUGUUAAAAAUUAAAGAUGUCUCCAUUGCAAGAGCCUGCGGUUGAUUGCUGGGAGCUGAGGUAGCGCAGGGUCCCCUGCAGGGUUCCCAUCCUGCAGCUCCCAGCUCCCCAGGUAGGACCCUCACCCAGGGGUUCGGGUGGCACUGGUGCAGGGAUCAUCCUUGCUGCAGGGCUCAGGAAAGCUGUCAUCCAGGGAGCCAGGACAGCCUGGCACUCGUGAGGCACACGCUGCGUUCUUGUCCCACUUUGCGUUGGAUGUGGAGAGGCAGUGAGCCAGGACUCAUGGGGUGAUGCUCUGCGGAGAAGCACCAAGCAGUGACCCCCGGCUGCCGGCCCAACAGGGUGGGCAGCCCUGGAAGCUGCCCUGCAGCGAGCGGAGCUCUGCAGCCGGUGCCUCUGCUCAUACCAGUUGUUCCUCUCAGCAGCACCUCCAGUCACCCUGCCAGGAACACCCUGACCCAGUAAUGGCCUGAGGCCACCCCUUGCCCCCCUGGCAGCAUCUCAGGGUAAGCAGGAUGGGCUGGGCUCCCUGUCACCGCUCCUUCCACUGCAGGAGGGUCUGCGGCCGACCCCGGCGUCCAGAGCUGGAGUAGCACAUCCCACCCAGCACCUCCCGGAUCAGCACCUGGCUGGGUCUCACAGUUGGGCAGGAGAUGGAGAGGGGCAGGGAAUGAAGAUGGAGGUAUAUUGGGGAUGGAAGGCAGAUGGGAUGUGUGGGGGCUCUGACACAGGAGACCAGCCCGGGGGGAGCAGAACAGCCCCUCAGAGCUGGUCCUGAAUCCCAGUUCCACCCUUGGCAUGCCCUGUGCUCCUCCAUCACCUCUGCCAGAGCCAGGCACUGGCAGGGCCACGGUGUCUGCAGGGACACAGACCCCAAAAGGACACCCUGUCCCUGUGCCCCCUAUGCCACAGCCCCCAGCCAGCCCCUGGGGAGGGCAGUGAAGCCACCACCACAUCCUUGGCUGCCAGUGUCCUUCUUUUGUCCUUGUAGAACAAUCACAAUCGCGGGAGGCUGGGUUAGCUUGGGGUGGUAGUGCAGCUCUGCAGUGUACAGCUGGGAUUUGGGGUUUUUCCUUUAAAAACAACGAAUGUGUGUUUGUAAUUUGUAAAGGUUAAAAGAAAAAAAAAGAGAAAAAAAAAGAAAAAAAA